GAGAUUUUCACAAAAAAAAUAAAAAAAAGUCUUGAAAUAAGUCAUUAGCCGAGCUCGCUAUGAUGGUUUCGCUACCUGAUGGGAGAGAAAGAAUUGGGUGAAGAUGAUCGGUUGCAAGCCCUUCUAUCGCAGAGUGAAAAUUUGUGAUCGGAGAAGAAAGUGAAACAAUUUCAGAAUGAUUUGAGGGAGAAGAAGUCUAUAAUGUGGAGUGUUGAACUGCAUUUAAAUCUGAUUUCAUGUCCGCAAGCAUAAGCACGUAAACCUCUGCUAAACCCUAGUGCCACGAUGAAAUUUAGAUGUCACCUCUCAAGCUAACUACAAAUUGGAGCAUUAUCGACGCCAAUUUCUUGCACUUCAGUUCUCAAUCUAUGUUCAACAUAGGAUCCCAAAUCAAGAGCCAUGUCAAUAAUUACAAAUUAUUAGUCCACAUCAUCAUCAACUCCACCGGAAACUGCAGCUGCAGCCACCACAGGUGGUGGUGGACAAGGACAACCAUGGAGUUUUCUCAAGUUUUUUUAGUUGCAGAAGUUACUGGUGGUUUCGCUACUGCUGGUUAUGACACCUAUGGUGAUAUUAUAGUGCAGCAAAUCAAUGGUGGUUUUACUUUCUUUUCCCAUUUCAUACAAAAUUACAUAAUAAAAUACUAGUAAAACCAUUGAUACGCACACAAGGUGUUUGCAUAAAUGCUCUAGUGACAUUCUGUCUUGUGAUUUCUGUUUCUUGUAAUUUUGCUUUCUGUGAUUUGGUAUUGUACAUUUGAAUGCUCUGUACAAAAUAUGGUUAUAUACUUGACAUUGAUAGAUGAUUUUGUCUUUUUACUCUUGACUUGAUGUUGUCUUGCAAUACAAUAUGGUGUUCUAUUGUAGCUUGUAGGUU